UGCAGUAGCCAAAACUGGCGAAACAGUAUCAACGCGUAGCUCGACUGGAUUUGUUGUGUGUCGCGCUAUUUAGUUUUAAUUUAUGUGGCAAUGUCAGCGCCCGAGGUAGAGUAACUAUUUGUACCAACCACAACUGGAAUAUCUGGAAUCGAGCCGAUUCUAUAAGGUGCUUAAGGUUAGAAGACUCCUUUGCACUAUGACCGAACGCUAUGCGAAUGGGGUAUCCACCAGCUUGGUGGAGCCCGCCGUCAAUGGACAUACUCCCGAGAUAAAGGAAGCCGAAGCAGUCGGCCAGGAUGAGAAAAUUGUGCUCAAGCGUAAACUGACGCUGAUCAACGGGGUGGCCAUUAUUGUGGGCACCAUUAUUGGUUCGGGCAUUUUUAUAGCACCCACCGGAGUCUUCUACUAUACGGAAUCCGUCGGAAGCUCACUUUUGAUUUGGUCUGCCUGCGGCAUUCUUUCAACAAUCGGCGCUCUUUGCUAUGCCGAAUUGGGCACCAGCAUCACCAGAUCCGGCGGCGACUAUGCCUAUCUCUUGGUCGCAUUUGGUCCACUUGUUGGUUUUCUGCGUCUAUGGAUUGCCCUGCUCAUUAUCAGGCCAACAACCCAGACAAUUGUUGCGCUUACCUUUGCACAUUAUGCGGCCAAACCGUUCUUCGAGGAUUGCGAUCCGCCGCAAAAUGCAGUCAAGCUGCUGGCUGCCGUUUGCCUCUGUCUGCUCACAGCCAUAAACUGCAUGUCCGUCAAGGUGUCCAUGAAGGUGCAGGAUAUUUUUACGGUGGGCAAGCUACUGGCGCUGAUAAUGAUAAUACUCGCUGGCCUUUAUUAUAUGGCCACUGGCAAGCUGGACAACUUUUCCAAUCCCUGGGAGGGUAGUUACAGUACACGCAACAUAGGCUACGCUUUCUACUCGGGCUUGUUUGCCUUUGGCGGCUGGAACUAUUUGAACUUUGUCACUGAAGAGCUGCAGGACCCCUACAAAAAUCUGCCACGCGCCAUUUGGAUAGCCAUGCCCCUGGUCACGGGCAUCUAUGUGCUGGUCAAUCUAGCCUAUUUCGCUGUCGUCUCUAAACCGGAGAUGCUUAGCUCGCUGGCUGUUGCCGUGACCUUUGGCAACAAGGUCUUUGGACCGCUGGCCUUUAUGGUGCCCAUUUUCGUGGCGCUGAGCACAUUUGGCGGCGUCAACGGUGUGCUCUUUACCUCCGCUCGUCUAUUUGCCACCGGCGCUCAGGAGGGUCAUCUGCCCAAGUUCUUUCAACUGUUUCAUGUCAAGCAACAGACGCCGAUACCAUCUCUGAUAUUUACAUGUCUGAUGUCUCUGCUAAUGCUCCUAACCGAUAAUGUGUACGAGCUGAUUAACUACUUCAGCUCCGUGCUGUGGCUCUCUGUGGUGGCCAGCAUAGCGGGCAUGUUGUGGCUGCGCCACAAAAAACCGGAUCUGCCGCGGCCUAUCAAAGUGCAUUUGGCGCUGCCCAUCCUCUUUAUGACCAUUUGCGUCACCUUGGUGCUGUUGCCCAAUUUCAAGGAGCCUGCCAAUCUGCUCAUUGGCAUCGCCAUCACAUUGGCCGGCAUUCCGUUCUACUAUGUGUGCAUUGCCUGGAAGCAGAAGCCCCGCUGCUACGGUCGCCUGUCAAAUGCCAUGGUAGAGCUAUGCCGCGCUAUUUUCAAUACAACCAUCAUUGAGUCCAACGAGUCGCUGAAGUAAUAUAAUCCCCA